AUUUUGAGAACAACUUCCACACUCCCUCCCGUCGAAUUUCAAACCUUAAAGGAUUCCAGCAUAUUGGAUGUUGAGGGCGAGCUGUACGAAGGGAAACGCAUGAUAAUCCCGUUACCCGUUCUCUAGAUUGGUUCCUGAACUCCAUACCCAGCAGACAAGUCUUAGCGUAUCAUCUAUUCCUAUAUUGCUCAAAUCGAUACUUGUAGUUGAGUAAAUAGGCACGCCAAACUUCUAAACACUGCCUAGAGAUCAUGUCGGGAAGAACGCCUCAGGACAAGAUUAUCCCAGACUUGAAGGAUUUGGAAGACUUGGAAUUGAAAGUAAUCUUCUGGUUCACAACAGUCCAUGCCAACAAUUCUGCCGUAAUCGACUCGAUGCCGACUUAUGAACGACGUAUGGCAAAAGGCGAAUUCAUCAAACGCGAUCUGCAAGUGCAAGAUACAAUUCACUACAAUUUUGAAUCGAUCGUAUCUAUACAGCUUUCGCGGGGGUUGGUUCUUAUGCAUGUCGGUCUCAUCCCCGAGGCUGAGGAGUGUUUUCAAACUUUGAAAACGAUCGGGGAGGUAGCGCUUGCACCAAGCCACGUUCUACUGCUUCAACUCAGAUACUGCCAAGCAAAAACGCGAGUUAUUCAAUCGAAGACAGUUGAAGCAGUCAAUGCACUUGGCAUACUAAUAAAUGAUAUCGCCGCUCUUGACGCUUCCAAUUCGGCACAGGCCGGACUAUCGACUGAGGCAACAUUUCUACUUGGUGUUGCACUGUUGGACCAAAUGGAUUUCAGCGAAGCCGAACACCAUCUCAAGCAAGCUUCUGAAUGUUACUCGCUGCUGGGGUUGGAUCAAAAUGUUCUCGAGACUGAAGAAAUUUUGUCAUCAUGUCUCCAGCAACAGAAAAGGUUCACGGAAGCUUCGGACCGGUGGAACAGACUCGUUCGAUAUUACGAGUCCAGGUACAUAGCUGAUAAGAGAGGGUUUGGUGAAGAUCAUAUGCAAACAUUACAGACGAUGGAAUCGCUAGGUCGCACUCUCUUCUCGCAGGGAAACAAUCUAGAGAGAGCCUCAUUUGUGCAGCAGCAGAUUGUUCACGCAUAUAAGACAAAGUUUGUUGGCAAACAAUGGGGCUUGUUGUGUUCUGAACUCCUUCUUGCGCAGACGCUGUGCUACCAGACGUCCAAACAUGGGCAAGCGGUUGAUAUACUAUGGAAGACUACAGAUGGCUUGGAAAACUUGUUGGGGCGAUGGAAUCCCUACACAGUGACCAGUAAAUUCUGGCUUGGCAAAGCACUCUACAAGACAAAGACCCCGGGAUGCCUUGGGAUCCUACGGCGAACAGUCAACGAUUUCGAGAAAAUUAGCAGUUCCAGGUCCCACAACUAUUUGGAGAGCAAGCUUUGGCUCGGCAAGGAACUUUACGCGCAGAGAAGCCAAGAGGAGGUUAAGCAGGUUUUCAAAGAGGUAGCGGAUGGUUUUGCAAGACUCAAUGGCCGUCACAGCAGGAAGACUCUGGAAAGCAGACUCUGGUUUGGCCUGUCCUUAGGCCAUCUAGGUGCUAGGGCUCACGAAAUGAAAGACAUGGCGCACGACCUCGAACUAGUUUUUCGCGGGACGCGUGUCGAAUAUUUCGAGGCCACAGAACUUCUACAGGAACUUAAUCGUCAGGGAAAAUUGAACCUCAUCGCAAUGCAACAUCGUUUAAACCAACCAAAUUAUAACUCAGUCACACCAUUCCGGAAGACUCACCAGGCGUCAGAAACUUCACCACCAGGGAUGCACUUCAAGGAGGAAACUUCCAUACAACGACUAUACACCGAUGUGGAUACCAAUGGGAAGUCAAGAACUUCUCGGUUAGGAAUGUACUUCGAGGAGGGAGCUUCUAUACAACGACCGUACACUGAUGUGGAAAUCGAUGAAAUGUCAAUCCUUUUGAAGGAGCUAGAUCCAACCUGGAGUCGACUUCCCCGCACAUAUAUUCUCCUCCGGUUGUCUGGUCACCUCAAUCUCAUCAGCGAUCUUGUAGAGCUCGGAUUUUCGGACCACUGGUAUCCUGUCACCGAAAACAGCUUGCCUGGAAGCCUCUCUCCGAGUGCAAAGACAGCUAUUGUGAGGCUCCAACACCUAAUCUUGACGAAGGGAAUCAAUCUUGAAAAGGGAGAGAAGGGAAAUCAUUGCAACUUCGACAAAAAUGAAAGUUUCCCAUUCAAACUUAGGAAGCCAUUGGGCAGUGGUGGGUUUGGAAAAGUAGACAAAGUCCAAAGCCCUAUCAGUCAGAAAUACUAUGCACGGAAAAGGGUGCCUCGGACUGCAUAUUACAAUGGUUCAGAUCAGAAAAGGACGAAAUCUUUCAUUGACGAGAUCGAGCUGCUCAAAAGCAUUAAGCAUCGACAUAUCGUAGAGCUCGUCGGAAGUUACACGGAUACGAAGUAUAUUGGCUUGAUCAUGUCUCCUGUCGCUGACAUGGAUCUGGCUGCUUACUUGCGGCUGGAUACACCUCCAGAAUCUUCUAAACUACGGCCAUUCUUUGGUUGUCUGGCUAAAGCAAUCGAAUUCCUUCACCAACGCGACAUUCGGCACAGAGAUAUAAAGCCAGGCAACAUCCUGAUAUACCAUGAAACGGUACUGUUGACCGAUUUUGGAUUAGCUCGCGAUUUCUCUGAAGAAGACGGUAGCACUAGUGUGGGCAUUCCGAACGCUCUGAGCUACAGAUAUUGUGCCCCCGAAGUCGCACGAAGCGAAUUUCGAAACAAGAAGUCUGAUAUGUGGAGCCUUGGUGUCGUGUUCAUGGAGAUGAUGGCAGUGCUCAAAGGAAAAUCAGUGGACCAUCUCGAUGAACUUAUUGAGAAGCAUGGUUCACAACGCCCACCUUAUAUCAGGACAAACCUUGACGCCUUAGGGAAGAUCACAGCAUCUUUAGAAUCGAUCGGAAACCCCGCAGAUAAUCUAGUGAUUAACUACACGCGGGAGUUGCUCUCAGCUGAAGGGAAGGACCGACCUACUGCGUCCAAUUUGUCUUCAACAUUGGCAAACCCGAUGCUCGCACGGGAAAUCUUCGCGUACUGUGGACAGUGCUGCAUAUCCCCAGCAGCCACAGUCCAAGCAACGGACGAAGAUUUCCUAUCAGAUGUCUACGAAGACGACCUCACUGAUUAAGUACAUAUGGGACUUGUGGAUUAGCAUUCCAAGAUCUGGAGCUGCUGUCAAAAAGCUUUGAGUACAAAGAUAUCCAAAAGGGAAUAACAUUAUCGUAUCAACGCAUGAGCAGCUGGAAAAUGCUGUAAUGACAAAGAAAUGCUGCUGUGUAGUCACGUAAAAUGUGGCACAGGAACAAAUCUGUCCCGGCUUCCACUUUACUAUCGUAUCGUAGCGCCGAUAUAUAGCCCGACCUCCUACCACUCUA